AUGGCCGGCUUCGAGAACAACAAGCCCGCUGAGAAGAAGACGGCUCUCGUCCGCGGCGCGCGCGCCACGCGUGGCCUCGGCGAGCCGAUCAACGCCGCCGCCGCCACCACCGCUCACGAGAGCGGUCGCGAGCAGACGACGCGUCCACCGCGUGCCGACCAGCGCGAGCGCGAGCGCGAGACCUUCCGCGUGCUAGAGGCUCCUUCCUCCCAGCGCGGCGCCAAGGUCGAGCGCGAGCGCAAGAAGGCGGCGGAGCAGGCGAAGAAGAAGGAGCGCGAGGAGGCCCUGACGCCGAGAUCGCUGGUCAUCCGCGCUGAUAACAGCGGUGUUGGCCUGGCUGUGACCUCUGGCACGCAACCAUCCGCGUCUGUCCACUAUGCGGCCCCCAAUGGCAGCGUUUUGGACGAUGCACAAGAACCGAUUCCGGAAUCAUACUAUGAUCAACUUCCGCCCGGCUUCUCGGAAGAGCAGGCCGAGGCAUUGUGGAGGAAGAAGGAACGCCCCUUCUGCCCGCACUGCCACCUGAGGCACCCUCCGCCGCACGAUCCGGAAUUGUUCGAAGUGAACAAGAAGCGGAGGAAUGCGCGGAAGAAGGAGCGCAAGCGCGAAAAGAGGGCCGAGGAGCGCGAGCAGCAGCAGCAGCAGCAGCAGCAGCAACAGUUGCAGCAACAGCUGCCGCCUCCCCCUCCGCAGCGCGAGCUGCCUCCUCCGCCUCCUCCACCACCUCCGCCGCCGCCCUCGCUGCCGCCUCGCCAGAGCGCGGCGCCGCGGUCAAGAAGUAGACCUCGUUGCGCAGUUGUGGCCAAUACCACGAGCGUCAGGCAGAUGGCCGUUGUCCGCAGCGCAUCAUUGACCACCAGAACGGGGCGCUGGCCGAAUCUUUUUUAA